UAGUACCCUACUACUUCAACAAAGCUAGCGACGCCUACUACGAGAUCGAGAUGGCAACCACCACAGCCACCGCCGCCGCGCUGAGCAUGAAGCUCCUCAUCGACCGGAAGGCGCAGCGGGUGCUGUUCGCCGAGGCGAGCAAGGAAGUCGUCGACUUCCUCUUCUCCCUCCUCGCGCUGCCCGUCGCCACCGCCGUCAAGCUCGUCGGCAAGGACGCCAUGGUCGGCUGCGUCGGCAACCUCUACGCCAGCGUCGACAAGCUCGACUCCACCUACGUGCAGGCCGGCGCCGCCAAGGACGCGCUCCUCAGCCCUACGGUGCUUUCGCCGGCAGCGACCACCAACAGCUCCCUCCUCCGCCUGCCGGAGACGUCUUCGGUGCAGCCAACAAAGACCUUCUACAGAUGCGCCCAGAGUAGCAGCUACAGCAACUGCCGCGACUACUUCACGGACGCGCACGGCAAGGCGUGCCCGUACUGUGGCCGCUCCAUGACGACGGUAGCGAAGUACCUGCCAUCGGCGGCGGGUUCCACCGGCUCCGCCCCGGUGGCGUCGCAGAGCGCGGCGGAAGGGUUCGUGCAGGGCAUCGUGACGUACACGGUGCAGGACGACCUGACGGUGACGCCCAUGUCCGCCAUCUCCAGCAUCACCCUGCUCAACACCUUCGCGGUGAGGGACCUCGGCGACCUGCAGGAGAAGACGGUGCAGCUGGGCUACAACGAGGGCUUGGCGAUCCUGAAGGCCUCCCUGCAGUCCAAGACGGUGCUCACCGAUGUGUUCCUCCACGGCAAGGCUGCGUCGUCCCCGGGCGGUCGUGCCACUCGUGCUCGUGCUUGAAGAAACACUACUACUCGUCCAAGCGCGAAUGGCGGUCUGGUUGGUCUUUUGGGAUGUUUCAAACUUGCUGCGACGUGAACGUGAUCCGUUCUAGCCUUUUGGUUUGGGUUGUACUGAACUGAUAUCAUCUGGUAGUUCAGUAGUUCUUGCCAAUCCUUGGCUUUACUGCUAGUAGUAGUAGAUUAGUAGUAGUUAAUGCUGAUCGCAUGGAUCUUUUGUUGCAAUGUCGUGCCGCAAAAGGCUUGCUGAAAAUAUGUAGAGCCUAGCUAUCUCUGUCGCCUGGUUACUGAACUUGGUACAU